UCGUUUAUGACAUCAAACCUGCUACAUUUAAAAGGGUAAAAAAUGCCGAGCGGGUUAACAAAUCUAAAACUUGAAUCGGCAAAGGCACUGAAGUAUAUAAAAGACACAAGCAACCACAACAUUCCUCAUUGCCGUGUGGAGUAUAUACAAAAGAUUAACAAAUUUGAAACACGUUUUUCGAGUUAUUCAGAGGAAGAGACCCCUAGACAACAACUAAGCAAUUUCGGCAAAUGGAUGGGGCGUUUGAAGUUUUACGGAGACAAAUUGCUGUACUUUUAUUUAGAAUUGUACCCGUCGCAACAAAAUAACAAUCACAGCUUUAGGGCUGAAUGGCCUGCUAAAGUGACUUGGAAAGUUGAGAUUAAAGAUGACAGAAAUGAUGAGAGAAAACAUUUUAUUGACGAGACAUGGAGUUAUUUCCAUAAGCCUAGACAAGGCUAUUGUUGUUUACCAAACGACUGGAUGAAAGUUGAACUGGACGUGGUCAAGAACACGGGUCUAAUAGGUCCAGAUGGUUCUCUUGUCUUACUAUGGACAGUUACAGUUGAGUCAGUUUUGUACUGUGCACAAGUUGAAGACCUUAAAGGUAUUUUAGAAAAUGUUAAUUCCCUUUGUGAUCAAUACAAACCAGCGUCAGAACUGUGUCAAAGUUUAAAAGAAGACGUGAACGAAGUUAAAGAAAUGGCUACAAUGUCUGAAAAUGGCAUUGAAGAACUUAAAAAUCAAAUUAAAGAGAAUAGAACGCAACUCGAGAGCAUUGAAAAGUUGCACAACUCUUUGAAAAAAUCAUUUGGAUCUUUUAAAAAGCGUGUAGCUACUAACAACACAACAAUUGAAGAUGGAAGGAAAAUUAAAAAGCAAAAAAAGGAUAAUGCCUGAGUUUCAUUUAUUUUUAAUCUUUUACAAAUAGAAGCAGUCAUUAAAUACAACUGUUGGCGUUGGUUUAAAAGAAUUGAUAUUCUUUAUUUUCUAAGACAGAAAGAGCUGAGCAAAUUCUUCACUCCACAAACACACCAAUCAGCAAUAUUUUUUAAAAAAGGUGCAAUUAUUAUAGUAUGAAUAACUUUUCUUAUAAUCUUUAUAUCAAAUGUUCAUUGUGUUGUAUUUUUGCAAGGGAAUCUUGUUUUAGCGACAAUGUUUCUAUUUACCUUUGAAAUUUUUUUUUUAUUUUCUUGAAUACAUAGUAUACGUACAGUAGUGUAAUCGUUUACACAAUGUAAAUAAGCAUCUAACAGGGUUUUAAUUUUCGCUUUAUAUCUCCCAACUCUAUCGUGCAAAUCAAGUAAUUCGAUAUUUUAUCAUAAAUUGGCGUUUGAUAAAAGUGGCUCUUAAGUUUUUUAGGUACAUAAUUCCAUCAGCUUAAUAUGCACAUUCAACGACUCUUUUUAAUAGGAAUAGCGAAACAGGAUUUUUUUUUCAAAUUCAAAAAUAGAUAUACAUUUUAUGGGAACAAAACGAACGGUUCAUCAAAAAUUUUUUGUUCAAAGACAAAGUCAUUAAAAUAU